CGUAAUCGUUAAUUUUCGAAUGAUGGCAACAGCCACGCGCUCGUAUUCGGACUGGCCUUUUGCCUCGCAAUGGCCGCCCCCUCGGGCUACAUUUGAACAUCCCGUGUACAAGGUUUCACAUUUUGCCCUUUUAACAAAUAACAUCGUAAGUUUUACGAUUUGUUCUAAAUAUGAACAAAAAGGCUUGGACCAAAACUUUGAGUUCGCGCAAAACUCGAAAUGAGACUAGUUAUGCUUUUGGUAGGGAAUGGCGUAGAACGUUAGUUUUUUUCAUGCUCGACUGAGUAAUAUUGCUUCCAUGCUCUUUCCAGCUGAAUUGUGAGCCAUGUCACUAAUUGCACUUAACUUUUUAUUGCCCGGCCAUCACAAAUGUUGCGAUAGGUGAGAACUUUGAUUUUAAAGACUAAUGAAGUAUUACAGGUCUUUGCGGAUGGUUAAAUGCUUUUAAACAGGUUCCAUUGAGAACGCAUUCAACCACAUGUAGCUAAAAUGACAAGAUCUUCCAAUUCUACAACGGAAAAAAGGUCCUUAGGAAUUUUCCCGAAUAUUUUCUUCAAAUGUUCCGUAGCUCUGGUUUGUAUUAUCUCGUUUUUCAGUGGGUACUUCCUGAAUUCCUACAACUCGAGGAACCACUUCGAAGUUGGAACGAAAGCAAAUCCGAUUGUACGGAGAAAUUCGCGUCGCUUGCGUCCUUAUCGAGAGCAACUCUUGAAUUCGUUCAAGGCAGAAAAUCUAGAAGAAAAUUUAAGGUAUUUUUCUAGUGAGCCACAUUUUGCUGGUUCAAAACGCAACAAUGAUUUAGCCCACUACAUUGCUAAGAAAUGGCAAGAGUAUGGCUUUGAUGAAGUUAAAAUGCCAAAGUAUGAUGUGCUCAUGAGUUCUCCACGAAAAGAUCGAGAGAGCAAAGUGGAAAUUUAUCGUAAUGGCCGUGUAAUCUUUAAAUCACAGUCCCAUGAAAAGGUUUUACGUGAAGAUGAAAAGAAAAGCAAAGAUCUCCCAAUUUUUCUUGGUUAUUCUCCCGGUGCGGUUGUGGAAGGUGAAGUUGUUUACGCCAACUUUGGCGCCGAAGACGAUUUUAAGAAACUGAAAGCUAUGGGAAUUUCUGUGAAAAAUAAGAUUGUCAUAGCACGACAGGGACGGAUAUUUAGAGGAAACAAGGUCUUCAAUGCUCAGUCUCACGGCGCCUCUGGGGCCCUCAUUUACACUGACCCUGCGCAGUUUGCACCAGAGGGAGACGGAAACACUUUUCCCAAGUCUUGGUGGCUUCCGGACUCCGGCACGCAGCGUGGAUCAGCGAUGAGUGUAACGGGGCCUGGUGAUCCACUCACCCCAGGCUUUCCCUCUGUGAAUGGUAUAUACCGACAGCCUCUUAAUGACAGUGGUUUACCAAAAAUUCCUGCCUUUGCUCUGUCUUAUGGCGACGCCAAGGAAAUAUUACGGCGAAUGAAAGGUCCUGAGGCUCCGAAGAGCUGGCAAGGAGGCUUGCAACUCACUUACCACAUCGGGCCGGGUUUUGAAGACAAAGAUCUUUCAUUACGCUUGGAUACUAAAAAUAACAUUGAGAAUAUAACUAUUACGAACGUCAUUGGCCAGAUCAGAGGCACCGAAGAACCUGACCGUUAUGUACUCCUAGGAAACCAUCGGGACGCUUGGGUGUUUGGUGCUGCUGAUGCGGUCAGCGGUACAGCUGCAAUGAUGGAGUUGUCACGUGGUCUGGGAGAGCUGCUUAAAACAGGAUGGCGGCCACGCCGGACCAUAAUGCUUUGCAGCUGGGACGCCGAGGAGGUCUUUGUGGUGGGAUCAGCCGAAUGGGUUGAAGAAAAUGCUCGAACUCUUCAAGAUCGCGCUGUUGCUUACCUCAACAUGGACGUGGCUGUCAAUGGCAAUUUCAGUAUCAACGUUGAUGCAAAUCCUCUACUCCAAGACGUGGCUCUGUCGUUGACCAAAGAAGUAUGUGAUCCAACAGUUCCGGAAACUUGCAGAAGCAUGUAUGAUGUUAUGUUAGAGAGAGAUGUUACGAAACACCUGAACGGGUUCCCAUUCUGCGAGAAUUUGUCGUUCGGAAGUGACUACGUGUCGUUUUAUCAUUUCAUCGGAGUUUCUUGUGCGGAUUGGUCUUACAUUUUCGGGGGACUGUAUGGAAUAAGGCGUUCGUAUCCAGCUUAUCAUUCCAUUCACGAUUCAUUUUACUGGAUGAAAAGCUUUGUCGAUCCCGAGUUCAAGACUCACUUAGCCGUAACAAAAUACGCAGGGAUUUUCCUUCUUAAAUUAGCAGACGCGGAGCUCUUGCCUUUCAACACUACAACCUAUGCAAAACUAUUACAGAAAAAAUCCACUGUUAUAAAAAAGAGCAAACAUCUAAAAAAACACAGUAUCAGCACGGCUGCUUUCUCUCGCGCAGUAAAGAACUUCGCAAAUGUUGCGCGUCAGUUUGAAAGCAGUAAGUCAAAACAGAAACCAGAGAGCUACCGCACGUUAAACGAUCAAAUGGUACAACUAGAGAAAGCGUUUAUACAAACUGUGGAAGUGAAUGAUCAUAAACAAUUACGACAUGUUAUUUAUGGGCCGCUGCUCGCCAAUCUUUACGACGGUAUAUAUUUCCCACGCGUACAUUAUGCCACGAUGAAGGCUGAAAAGACAGGAGACUGGAAAUUGGUAGAGAAAGAAAUAUCACUGUUGACUUUUGCUAUAAACUCUGCCUCGAAGGUUUUGAAACCAAUAUGAUAAACAAGAUAACUGUAGUGUAGGACUGAUUUUAUUAUGCGAAGAAGCACUGUGGAUAAAUUGCUCUCUUUCUGAGCUUUUUGGUUCAUGGAAAUCUGUAUUGUGGGUCUGAUUUUAUUAUGCGGGGAAGGACUGUGGAUAAACUGCUCUCUUUUCUGAACUGUUUUGUUUAUGCUGGCUUGAAAUUUGCUAAGUUCUUUUUCGAUAUUUUCGCGGACCUAGGCUUAUUUGAGAUUUAUCAAAACACGAUAGUGAAAAAGGGCAGUUUACAGUCAUCGGAACUGAAAAAGCUAAUCAGUGAAGUUCAUAUUUGAUCAAAAGGAUACACUGUAGAAUUUAGCCUUGUCGCAAAAUGUAUUCGCAAGAAUCUCCUAAAAUUUGUUUGUUUUUAUUGUGUCGAUGAGUAGUAAUAUUCAUGGAUUAUUAAGUGCGUUUAAUCUAGCCUAGGAAUGGGUAUUUUUUCUUGGGGUAAUAAAAUUCAGGGCAUUAUGAAACCUGUGACAUCAAAAUGGUGGUGCGGCUCGCAGUUCUGAUUUGUUGUAACUUAUGUCGUUCGAUCAAAUGGGGACAAUUUUUCUACAUAUCGACCGAAGGAAGAAAACCUGCGGGACUCUCGCGUGAAAUCGAGACGAAUCAGUCAAAGAUGGCGUCGAAGAGCUGAAAGGGUCUGGCUUCGGAUCGAUAUCCGUGGGACUGAAAGAACAUGAAGGACAAGCGUUCUCCUACCUCGAACACAAUUAGAAGAAAAGGAAGCGAAAGUGUAAGAAAAUUUUGUGUUCACGUUUACCGUAAACAUACAUGGUCCUGUAGUAUUCAAAAUGCUUUUAUUGGCGUAAAUUCACUUUUAAGUGAAUUAUUUAAAAGGACGUAAAAACAGCAGAGUGACAAUAACUCUCAAAAAAGAAACAACAACUUUGAGUUU